AUCAGAUUUCGCAUGUUAAUUUUGAACUCGGAGUUUGGCGCAAAGUUAGAAGACAGGUUACACGCAUUUAUUUUUAAAAUAUAUUUUGGACGUGAAAUGGCGCAUAAGAAUAUAUAUUACUCUGACAAAUAUACAGAUGAGCAGUAUGAGUAUAGACAUGUGAUGUUACCCAAAGAAAUUGCUAAACUGGUUCCCAAUAAACUGAUGACAGAAACAGAAUGGCGGAGUCUUGGGGUUCAGCAGAGCCAGGGCUGGAUCCAUUACAUGAAACAUGAACCAGAACCUCAUAUAUUACUUUUCCGAAGACCCCUUCCAAACCACAGUCACCAUUCAAGUGAACACCACAACCAUCAUACUCAUGGGCACCACAAUCAGCAGACACAUGGGCACCACAAUCAACAGACACAUGAGCACCACCACCCAAGUCAUGGACACCACCACCAUGAAACACAUGGACACCACCACCAACCAACACACGGACACCACCACCAAUCAACAGAUGGAUAAAGACAAUACAAUGCUGUAUUUUAUAUGGCAGUGAGUACACCGGUUCUGGAAAACUCUUGUAAUGGAAGAUUCAUGAUUGGAGACGAUGUAGGAAAAGAAAAAAUACUGUUAUUUUUAUUCCAAAAUGUAUGUAGAAUAUUAAGUUGAUCUGUCACAUUUUGAAGUUAUUUGUUUCUUCCCCCUGGUUUGUCUGUAACCUCAUCAUUUUCUUUCUUUUUAUCCUGAUUCAGUAUGAAACAUUUGGAGAAUGUUUGUUCCCCGAUGUUGGUCUCUGUGUAUUGAGUAUACUGUGCAGGUCCAAUUGAGCUGGAAUUCUUACACAUUUGUAUACUUUAUUUGUAUGUGUUGAGACUUAUACAGAGAACAUGUUUU